AUGCUCUUACAUUCCAUCCAGAAGCGAGCCAUUCGCCUGAUGGUGGAAAGGCAAAAGCUCUGGAAGUUUUUGACAAAGGAAAUAUUCCCAAGAACAAAAGUUGAAAUAGAAUUCAAUAGCUACCGUGAUUCCCUAUUCUCCCUAGGUACGCUCCUCCUACAUAAUAGGAAUUUAUUCCUCUCGAGCCCACUAGCGGUUGAAAACAGGUUUUGGUCUAUUGGCUUCUCGGAUGAUAGUACCCUCCAUACCGUUUUCUUAUCCAGGGCUCCAAUACCAGCCAGGCAAAUCAGAAACGAACGUGGGAGAAAUGUUGACAACAUAAAUAUGGACUUAGCAACAAUUCUCGAAUGGGGAUCCAAUAACUUGGUAGAUUCCAAUGCAAAAAAAACACAGGCAUGUCUUUUCUCUAGAAAAGCCAAUCUCACUCUGCUUAUGAUCUAUGAGGCACAGAUCCGAUCUGUCCUGGAAUACUGUUCUCAUAUUUGGAGUGAAGCACCCAAACAUACCUUGAAACUGUUGGAUUCUAUCCAGUGGGCGAGGCCUCGCUCACAAACUAACUCACUUCUCUGGAACACCGUAGAAAAGUUGGCGAUCUGGCUCAACGAGCAUGCGUCAGAAGAGGAGGAAACUGCGACCACAGACCGAACGAUUGCUGCUACAACAGCUCCUGCAGAUGCAACCUCUGGGGCUCCAAUUGCCGAUGCCAGCGUAUGGGGCUCUUCCAGAAGUGGGGGUAAACAUCGCUGACACCAUAGACCAGAUCAGACAGUGGGGUGAUACCUGGAAAGUGUCAUCUCUGAUUCUCAGAGUCGGGGGUUGAUCAUUUUCCGGACUAGCACACAUCUGUAUCGGUAACCCAGCUACCAAGGGUUCGGAAAACUCACCCAUCGGAUGGUAGGGGAGUUUUUCGAACGUUGGUAUCGACCUUCGCGAGCUUUACGGUCAACGAUUUUCUUCUACAAUAUUUGGAAACACUCGUUAAAUAAGUACAACAUUGUCUCUGAUCGAUUUGUGUUUGACAAAGCAAAAUGGGCAAAGCGCUAUUUACCUAUUGUUUGAUUUCCGAUAAUUUGAACAUCGACACUAUGAAAUAGAGAAGACGAAACAAAGGGCAUCUAAUAAGGAUGGUCGCAGCCAGCUGCUUACUCACUAAGGGUUUUUUCCAGCCACAUCCUCAGUGUGUUGGCAUGUCUGUCUGAUAUUCACAGAUUCCUAUAUGUAUAACAUAUUAAAUAUAUUGUAAGUAUGUAUUUAUGUAUAGAUGUGAUGCUAAGAAAAGAUAUUCCAUGCGGUUAUUAUCAGCCUAUCAAGGUCUAUUAUGUAAUAUGUAAUGAUAGUAUUUUGAAUCUAUAUUAUGAACAAUAUUCUUAAAUGUAAAUGUGAAGAGGGUACAACAUUCACUAUUCUGUCAAAACAACCUACUGAAUAUUAAAUAUAUCAAUUGGCC